CGACGCGUUAUUUGCGCAUUUGACAGGUAAGGGCGCCCUGCGAAAAUUCCUGGUCGGACUUAAAGUGUGAGAGCAGAAGUGUUCGAGAAGCAAAGUGAAAGUGCACGAUGAGACGCGGCGAAGAGGAGAGGAAGAAGUCGGACACCACGUUACCGCUUGUGCCCACGGCGUGAAUUAUCCCGAGUCCACCAUGGAGGAGAAGUUCAACAGACUCAUCAUCAUCCCGGUUGCGGCGGUGCUCUUUUUAAUGAUCGGCUACCAAUAUGUGUGCCCGGCGGACAGCAACACAUGCUACUUCAAAAGUGACGAGAAGGGAUUAUUCCAGCGCUAUUCAUCCAGGUAUGACUUAGUUUACGCGGAGCCGGAGGCGGACGAGGACCUUCCCUCCAAAAUCACCUCCAAAUUCAACUUCACGGAGCGGGACCUCGACAGGCACGUCGACUUCGACAUCCGAGGGGACGAUGUGAUCGUGUUUCUGCACAUACAGAAGACAGGCGGGACCACGUUCGGGCGGCACCUGGUCAAAAACAUCCAGCUGGAGCAGCCGUGCGACUGCAUGCCCGGCCAGAGGAAGUGCACGUGUCACCGGCCCGGGAAAGCCGAGUCGUGGCUCUUCUCCCGGUUCUCCACGGGCUGGAGCUGCGGGCUGCACGCCGAUUGGACCGAGCUCACCAACUGUGUACCCAUGGUGAUGAACAAGAGGGACAAGAAGAAUGCGCAGAUGAGCAAACGGAACUUCUACUACAUCACCAUGCUACGCGACCCGGUGUCACGCUACCUCAGCGAGUGGAAACACGUGCAGCGUGGCGCCACAUGGAAGACCGCCCUCCACAUGUGCGACGGCCGCUUGCCCACGCAGGACGAGCUCCCCGCCUGCUACAGCGGCGAAGACUGGACCGGAGUGACCCUGGCAGACUUCAUGAACUGCCCCUCCAACCUGGCCAACAACCGGCAGGUCCGCAUGCUGGCCGACCUCAGCCUGGUGGGCUGCUACAACAUGUCGUUCAUGAGCGAGCUGGAGCGCGGCCGCGUGCUGCUCGCCAGCGCCAAGGCCAACCUGCGCAACAUGGCCUUCUACGGCCUGACGGAGUUCCAGCGCAAGACGCAGUACCUGUUCGAGCGGACGUUCGGCCUGCGCUUCAUCCAGGCCUUCACGCAGAUCAACAGCACGCGCGCCGCCAGCGUGGGCAUCAGCGAGAAGGUGCGGUGGCGCAUCGAGGGGCUGAACGCGCUCGACGUGGAGCUGUACGAGUACGCCAAGGAGCUGUUCCUGCGGCGCUACCAGUACAGCCGGCAGCGGCAGCACCAGGAGGAGCGGCUGAGGAGGCGACAGGAGAGGCAGGAGAGGCAGCAGAGGCAGCGGCUGCACAGGACCCAUCUGGCCGAGCUGUGGAGACAAGGAGGAGGCGAAGAGGACGAGGAGGAGGGAGAGGACGGCAAGGGGCCAGAGGAGGUGGCCACCACAGAGGACUACAGCAGCCAGGUGGUGCGGUGGUGAGGAGGAAAAAGCGCCGCAGACCCAGUAACAGGAACUAAAAGCACCAGUGCACUGACUGAUAACCGUUUGAUUCAUCGUGUUUUACUCUCCUCCCUCC